CACCGUUCGAGACAGAAACAGUCUCCUCGCUCGCUCACCCGACGCCACCCGUCGCCGCCGCCGCCGGGGUUCUACCUCGCCGCCCGACAUGGUAUCAUGGGGAGACGGUGAGGAAUCGUCUGAGGACCACAGCAAUGCUACUAGCGAGGGCUUAAAGACACUUUACGACUUAGAUUGGGAAGGGUUAGCUGAUGGAGCAGCACCUCCACGUUGUAAAUGUGGAGCCAUUGCCGCAAAGUUUGUUGAUUGGGAAGGAUAUGAGACAGGAAGGAAAUUUUUGGGAUGUGCAGGGCAGUUUGGGGAAAGAUGUGAUUAUGUUAAAUGGGUAGAUGGAGAUUGGCCAUCAUCACUGCAGAAAGCUAUUGGAAAAUUAUGGGAGAUGUAUGGAGAAGCCAAACAAGGAAGAGUUAGUGAUGCUCUGUACUGUAUGGAGGAAAAGUUCAAGUUUAGGGAUGAAAUAACCAAGCCCCACCAUGAUCUGAAGAUUGUCCAAGAAGAAGCGAACAAGACUGUGAAUGAGAAGCAGAUCACACUUGCUCUGAAGGCAAAGGCUGAACAAGCACUCAUUGAUGCAAGGGCAGAACUGGAGGAGAAGAAAAAGCUGGAUGUUGCAGCUAGUAACAUGCAUAAGGUGUUGAGGAUCAAGGCAGAGAAGGACAGGGAUAAAAUCAAGGAAGAGAAGAGAAAAUUGGAGUUAAUGAUUGCAGAUUUGGUCAAGCAGAAAGAAGGUACCAGGGCAAAGCUGAGGAAGAUUAAAGAAUUAUGUGAUGAGUAGUAUUUCCAUUAUAAGAGAAGUAGUUGUAUUAUUUGUUUCAAUGAAGUGAAGUGAUUUGCUGAAUUUAUAUUUGUUUGUAAAGGUGUCGACUUGAUGUCGAGACCCUUUUUGUUUAAAAGGAAAUUUGAACAACAUCUCCCUUGUUUUUACUCCCUCCGUU